UAAGGUCAAAUCUACUGAGACAAAAUACAAAAAAAAUAAACUAAAUUUAAACUUCUAAAAUAUCUACCUAAUUAUAAAAAUUAAAAAAGGUCAGUCAUAGUUUACCUAAUGAUUCAUGUAACUCUGAUCACUAUGCUCAACGAGCGUGGUCCCAAUGUUUGUCACAGCGUUGCUAGGUAACGCAAAUAAACAAACAUUGAUAUCGUAUUGUCAAUCUCUGUAGUAAAUAAAACUAAUAACUUUAUUCUUUCAUGUAAUGGUGUAAAAUAUUAUUUAAAAUAUUUGAAAAUGGCAUGUAAAACGUCAUUCGAACUUCAUCAUCAUUUCCCUAAAUUGGCUGAAGAAUCAGGGUUCACUUUUAACACACAUCGACCGCGUAUCCAUAUAGACUGGAACAAAAUUAGACUGAUAGAUAUAGAUAGUUUGAUAAAAGACAGAAAAUUUGUUAUCCUUGAACAACAUUUGAAUGACAUUUUGGAUUGCGUUAUAGAAUCCGAGUUUGAUGUUCGCAUACUCGACGAAGGUGUUAUGAAACUGUUUAGACUUGCCCAGCUGGCUGUUGAAUAUCAACAAUUUUGCCGUCAUUACCUGGAUCGGAGCGUAUACGUAUUACGAGAAGAAAUAACUUCACUGGCACAGGAAUUAGAUACAUGCAAAAAAGAUCUUCGGGAGAGAGAUGAAGAAAUAAGGAGACUAAGAAAGAGAUCUCGGCAUAAUUUUAAAACUCCCUUGCCUUACGGUAAUGACAACAUAGCUACCAUGAUUUUGAAAACUCUGUCUCAUAAAGGCGAUAUGUUUCCUGCUACAUCGAACGAUGCAUUACAAUACAAUAAAUGUAGCUAUUGCGAUAAAGUAUUUCUGAAUCAAUUGUAUUUGACUAGCCAUAUUGCUAGAAGACAUCCAAAUGUCGUGGAAGCACCGCAGAGAGAUAAACUAGAAAAAGCCACAAGUAAUGAAAAUAGUAAGUUAAGUGCAGAAGUGAAUGAACUUAAAAAUAAAUUGAAAGAAAUGGAAUUGGUUAUAGCAAGUACAAAAAGUCAAAGUAAUCCAACAAUUGAAAUUAAAUCUAAGACUGAUGAUACAGUCAAAGAAAACAAAAAAGAUGUAAAGGAUGCGGAAGUAUCCACCAACAAUGAAGAUUACUUAUUGAACAAAAUUGAAGAAUGGAAAAAAGAGGAGCACGAAAAUUACAAUAAAGAAAUGGAUAAGUUGAGAAGCCAAAUCAUUGAAUCUAUAAAAACUAUUAAAGAAAAAGAAAGUCAAAAUGUUUUGCCUACUGAGCCCAAAAUAAUUAUAGAAUUACAUGAAACAAUAAAACAGCAAGGCGCUGAAAUAUUAGCUUUAAAAAAAGAACUUAACGAUUCUAGGAUUAGAACUGAAAAAGACAAGGCUGAUCGAAGCAAAGAAACCGAAGCACAAAUAUUACUUUGGUCAAACCGGGCAGAAGCUCAAUCUAGGCAAUAUGAACUAUUGCUUCAGAAGUUGAAUGAUGUUGCCAAAGACGCUAAAGAGUCUCGUGCUCUCGCAGAAGCAGAGAGGGAACGAGCUGCUCAGCUACAAAUAUUAUUACAGCAAAGUAUUCAUGCUAAAACAAACGGGGACAUUGACAGCACUGAUGAUGCACCGACACCUUCUAAGAAGCACAACUAUGCUGAUACUAGAAAAAAACCCAUGAAAAAGAAAACCAUUACAAAUAAAAAUGACCAAGAAGUUGAACGCAAAACCCUGGAACAGCUCCAUCGUAAGGCCCAAGAAUUAUUAAAUAUUGGCUCUGCAUCAUCCAGCUCAUCGGAUACUUCAAGUGAAGCAAUAGAAAAGCCAUUACAAACAAAAUCUUUAGAUACAAAAGGAAGCAUAAAUAACAACAAUGAUAAGUCAAAUAAAGUAAAAAAAGUAGAAGAAACGCAUCAACAGAAGUCUAACGGCCGAGAAAUGCAGAUAUUGAGUGAAAAGACCACAAUUAAACGAAAAGGGGAAGUAAAGAAAGAAAAGCCAAAAUCUAAUCACAUUAAGACUUCGAAAGAAGUCAUACUUCCUGAGAAACUCCCUAUUCCUGGAAGCCCGAUGAAAGUUAUUAGGGCGAAAAUAACUGAAGAAGUAAAUAGCCGAUUAGUAUCGUCUGGAGUGGAUCCACUGAAACAUAGACUACCUCGUAGUGUCUUCCAAAAACAACGUUUACAAAUACACCAGCAGCAAGAAUUGAAAGCAAAGAAAAAUUCUGCCCACGAAAAAGUGAGGCAUACAAUUCUAGCGUAUUUGGACGCCAGUACAACAGAUUUGAAAAAAGAAGUUCCUCAAAUACAGGAUUACGUUUCUCCCACAAAGACAACAAAACCGUUCAAACAUUUUACAAGUGUUAUUUCCAAUGUCAAAACGAAGGCAUUAUCGUUAGUUAAAAUGAAUGACACAAACGCUAAAGAUAAGCGAAAAUCGUUGAAUGCUGAAGUUGCAAAACGCGCGAUGUCUUUAUUGAAAACUCCUCCGGGUUCUGCAUCAACUAGCCCUGUACCUGCAAAACACAGUCCUCUUAAAACAUUUACGACUGCCCAAAAUGUAUCGAAUAAAGUUAUACGAACACCAGAACAUACGAAGGUACCACCAGAUCAUGAGACAAAUGUCAAGAUUUCUAUGAAUAAUUCUCCUAAAAUUGUGAAACAUGUAACUACAACUUCUGACGAUGGUUCAGAUGAAAGCGAUCACAAAUAUUACAAUACAACAAAAGUACAACAAACCUCAAAAUCCAUUGAGAACCUUAUUAAGUCUCCAGCACGUAGACCCUCUUCUGCCGCUGCUGACUACAACCACUCAUUAGUAAAAAAAUAUACUAUUAGUGAUGAUCAGUUAUUGCGGACACAAUCAGUCACUAGUUUGAUUGAACGAUCUUCAAACUCAAACGGAAGCAAAAACAAUGCACCAGCAAGAAACAAUGAAAACAGCAGUGAUGAUGCGGAAUCACCACUAGAUUUACCUGUGAAAAAGAAUCAAUUGGGUAACAAUACCGACAAUAUUAUCAAACAAACAAAAAGUGUUUUGAAGAACGCUUCUUCAACGUCGUCUUUGAAUAAAAAGAAGGUACUUUUUGAUAUGGACGCAAUUCAAAUGAAAUCUGUAAGUGCAUCUCCAUCACAAAGUAUUACUGAAAGAAGUGAUGGAAACGAAAAAUAUGAAUUAGGUUUGGUUAAUCUCGAUGCUGACGAGUGGGAUAUAUCCAGCAUUGAAAACGAGCCGCUGAAAAAUGACACGAAAAUUCAAAAUAUAACCACUCACACCACCAGUCCGAAGAUAGCCGAAUUAAAACUAAAGAUAGAAUCACAAUUAGCACGACGGAACGACACUCCUACAGCGCCGCUAGUUGGAGCAGUGGAUGUUUUGGCUGGUUCAAUGACAAAAGCCUCAAGUUUGGCUGGUAGUAACACCAGUCUCGGCAGUUCAAUUCUAGACGAUUCUGAAAGUGUACCGGUAACAACUCAGAAAACAUUCGUGAAACCUAAGCCUAUAAGAGUUGCUGCCAAAGAUGAAAGUGACUUAGAUAUAUCGGAGUUUAGUAUGGAUGGCAUAGUAAAUAAGAAUGAAUCUUUUUGAUUGAAUAAGGAUUACAAGUAUUUAUAGUACAAAAAGUACCUACAUAAGUAAAGUUAUUUUUGUUAAGUCGUGCUAUUGCCUUAUAGUCCAGUCAAUUUAGGAAUUCACCUCGGAAUUCGAGAUACCUAGCUGUAAUUUUGUAUAUACUUGUAUAUUGACACCCUAAAACUUGUCUCAAAACCUACAUAUGGUAGGGUGUAAGCAACUAUUAAAUUUUAAGGUCCAAAGGUCCCAAAAAUCUUAUUUUUGCGCUUUUUUGGAAAUAUCUCAUUUCCUAUGGGUUUUUGGUAUUUGCAUUUAAUACCAAUAUUGUAGAAUACAAAAUUCUCUACAGCUUUUGUAUAAAUUUUUUUUAUAAGGUGAACCGAACAGUCACUGCAUCUCUUCAAAUAAAUUUUUUUCAUCUAAACUAUCCGUGAUGGUUCUCUAUGGAUAGGACAUUAAAAAAUACGUCAUGGUUCCUAAAACCAUUUUUCGUCAAAAUCAAUCGUUUGAAAGAUAGACGCUUCUAAAGUGGAAAAAUGAGGUCUAUAGAAUGUGUCCUGCCCUCUAACUUUUAAAAUAAGUGAGUAAGAAAACUAAACAAAUAUAUAUGCUGUAGAUUUUAAUGGAAACUUUCAACGAAAAUUGGUUUGAAUGAGAUAUCAUAAUUAGUUUUUAAGAAUUGAUUAAAAGAAUUGAGAAAGUGGAAAAUUAAGUGUGUUUUUUUUUAAAUGUAUCAAUUCUUAAAAACUAAUUAUGAUAUCUCAUUCAAACCAAUUUUCGUUGAAAGUUUCCAUUAAAAUCUACAGCAUAUAUUUUUUUAGUUUUCUUACUCACUUAUUUUAAAAGUUAGAGGGCAGGACACAUUCUAUAGACCUCAUUUUUCCACUUUGGAAGCGUCUAUCUUUCAAACGAUUGAUUUUGACGAAAAAUGGUUUUAGGAACCACGACGUAUUUUUUAAUGUCCUAUCCAUAGACAACCAUCACAGAUAGGUUAGACGAAAAAAAAAUUUUUGAAGAGAUGCAGUGACCGCGCGCUC